CUGCUACUGCCAAUCAGGAGCAUGUGACUAUGUGAAUAUGUAGGCUGGUCGACAUCAACCGGCUGCACUCGCACCGUCUCUUCGUCCCACACACACACGCACACACACAUACACACACAAACACACAAACUAACAGUAACGGAGGCUGCUCCAUCAUGCACAGCAAAGAGCACAUCAGUCAUGACGAAUACCAGAAGACAGCUGACUGGCUGAUGUCCCAAACAAAGCACCGACCCCAGGUAGCAAUCAUCUGUGGAUCCGGACUGGGCAUGCUCGCUGACACACUGAAGUGUCAAGACUCCUUUGCUUAUUCUGACAUCCCAGGCUUCCCUCAGAGCACAGUCCAGGGUCAUGCAGGUCGGCUUGUUUUUGGGGAACUGAAGGGGAAGACAUGCGUGUGCAUGCAGGGUCGCUUCCACAUGUAUGAAGGACACUCUCUCUGCAAGGUAUGAGUACAGCUCCUGAGGUGGUUGUGGCAACUCACUGCGGUCUGAGAGUCUUUGGCCUCUCUUUGAUCACCAACAAGGUGGUGAAGAGUUACGAGGACACGGAAAGCGUGAACCACGAGGGCGUCUUGGAGAUCGGCCGGCUGCGCUCUCACACCGUGCAGCAGCUGGUGACUGAGCUGAUCGACAGGAUGGAGAUCAAUAACAACGACAACAUUAAUAAAUCUAUCUGAAAAACGUACAAUCACACAAAAACACAUGAAGAUUGUGUACAUAUUUCACUGGUGCAUUCACAACAUUUUUAGCACUUCUUCCUGUUUUGUUUUUGCUGUAAUUAAACUUUAUUUAUAUCAACAUGGUGCCUAAUAUUCUCCAUCAGGGUAAAUCAGAGUGUAAGUAUUCUUUUAUGAUAUUUGACUUUAAAUCCUAAAACUUUAUAUACCAAUAACCGCUGUGUUUGAAGGUGCUUUAAUAUGAAAAACAUGAGACACAGUUUUCUUUUUGUAUUAUUGUCUUGCACAUUUUUGUUGUAGAAUUGUAUGUAAUGUAAAGUAUUAGUAAAGUAUGUCACAGAUUUCCUGAUUGAUGUUAAUCGGAUUAAACAAACUGCCACAUCUAAC